AGUUGGAACGUGUUUGUAUUCUUGAUGUGUCAAACAGAACGUAAUAUUCUACAAUGUUAGGAACAUUUAAAGAGAUUCUUUAAUAGUAAGUUUUCGUUUUGUAAUAUGUGAAUGAAUUUCCGGCAAUGCGGAAGUGGAAAUCGGUCGGUGUUGUACUUUAUCGUAGUUUUUUCAACCCCGGUUAGUAGAGCAUCGAUGUUAUUUUGUUUUUAUGUACUUUGACGUAAAAAAAGGCGCGCGUGUGAUUGUGUUAAGUUUUGUCGGAAAGUGUGGUGGCGCAAAAGAGCGCCAAUGUACGCCGAGGGUGAAACGGACUGCAUCUGCAGGACCCUUAGUCACCGCGAGGAUGUCCAACACGUCUGACUCGCAGACUGACCCAGAAAGACAUCGUUCCGAUCUUUACACGCGACCCGGUUGGGUCGACGCUACCGUCGCCUUAAGUCAGUUAGAUCAGAUAAAGACAGACGGCAAUCGUUGUAGGAUACCCUCUCGAAUACCUUGUAUGGCUCGCUGUAUGGUUAUCUUUAGAUCGAUGAAAUAAUCUACCUGGAAUGACAUCGGCAACUCAAAAUGCGAAUCAAAAAGUUGGACUAGAAUUUGGCAACAAAGGCAAGGCUAACGGAGACCGAGGUAUAUUGUGGCUGCGAAGUCGACUUCAACUGCAGUUGCGCUCACUUGGUUCUAUUGUGGAUGUUCACGCUGGCAAGGUGCUCUUCGUCAGCUUAUUGAUAAUUGCCACCUUUUGUGUCGGCAUCAAAAGUGCAGCGUUCCACACAAAUGUUGAGCAACUGUGGGCAAGUGCAAAUACUGAGGAGGUCACCCCAAUUGAUGUACUGUCCACCCAUCAGAUGCUUCUGCAAACUGCCUUAGAACCAGACGUUGGCUUACUGCAUCCGCAUGGCUUGCUAGAACAUUUAUCAGUUUUGCGGCAUGCAACUCAAGUUACUGUAACUAUGUUUGACAUUACUUGGCAUUUGAAAGACAUCUGUCAAUCUCCCGGUAUACCCAACUUUGAUGCUCAAUACAUCGAACAGAUGUUCGAGAACAUGAUGCCAUGCUCUAUUAUCACUCCAUUGGAUUGUUUCUGGGAGGGCUCAAAGCUGCUGGGUCCCGAUUUUCCUGUGAACAUACCGUAUGGCAUAGGGAACAACAUCAAAUGGACCAACUUAAAUCCCAGUCAAUUAGUGGCAAAUAUUAAAGCGCAAGAAUCAAACUUCGACUAUCAUUCGUUGACAGAUUAUUUUAAAAGAUCCGGUAUUACGACCGGGUAUCAAGAGAAACCAUGCUUAAAUCCCAAAGAUCCGGAAUGUCCGGUAACCGCUCCCAAUCAUAAUACUAGUCGUCCGUUAGAUGUCGGAGCAGAACUGACCAGCGGUUGCUACGGAUUUGCCACAAAAUAUAUGCACUGGCCGGAGGAGCUCAUCGUAGGAGGUGUGCAGAAAAAUAAAACGGGCCACAUCAAACAAGCCAAAGCUUUACAGACUGUCAUACAACUAAUGGGAGAGCACGAUUUUUACGAAUUUUGGUCGGAAACGUACAAGGUGCAUCACAUCGGCUGGAGUCAGGAGAAGGCCUCCUUGAUUCUUGGUGCGUGGCAAAAGCGCUUUUCUCAGGAAAUCGAGCACUUAACUGAAAAAAAUGCGACCUCAAAGGCGUAUUUAUUUAGCAGUUUCUCUACCUCAACAUUAAAUCGCAUACUAGCCGAACAUUCACGAUUAGAUAUCAUAAAGUACGCAAUUAUUUUUUUGAUAACUGCUGCUUAUGCCUGGAUUGUACACUCUCCUUUAGCAGCUUUAGGAGUUUUCAUCUUAGCUUCAUCGACAUCCGCUGGCUUGGGAGUUUGCAGUUUGCUAGGUUUACCGAUGAACCUACUUAGUACUCAAGUUCUUCCCUUCGUAACUGUCGGCCUAGCUUUAAGAGAAUUAUUCAUGCUACUGUCAAUGCAGUCGCGUAACAACUUAACACCUACCGAACUUCUGCAAAGAAUGGGAAUGGCCGUUUUCUCGGCAGCUGUAUCCAGUUCCGUUACUCUCUUGGUCGCAGCAAUAAUUCCAGUACCUGCAUUACGAGUAUUCUGCAUGCAAUGUGCCAUUAUAGUACUAUUUCAUGCGAUAUCUAUGAUACUAGUGUUACCUUCAUUGUUGGCUUUAGGAGCGCGAUGUAAAAAAGCUCAAGUACCGUGCUUUCAGACACAACCGAAAAAUGAACCAUCAGCAAACAACAACAACAAUGAUACUGAGCAGGCCACUAGUUUAAUGACAGCGGAAAAAAUUUGUCGCCAGAAGAAGAGCUUACUCGCAUGGCUACUACAUCAAUACAUCGAGUCAGUUCUGCUGAAACCCUUCAUGAAAGUGACUUUAAGUCUUACGUACGUAGUGCUGAUAAUUUUUUGUGUAUUUAACGGACUAAAACUGGAGUACGACGUUCGGCUGUCCUCGUUUUUGCCCAAAAACACUCAAGAAUACAAGUAUUUGGACGCGCAGAAUCGUUUCCUCGGCUUUUACAACUUUUACCUGGUGACCACCGAGUUAGAGUAUCCUCUAAAUCAACCUCUUCUCUACGAAUACCACUCCUCUCUAACGCAAGUGCCACACGUCCUCAAGGAUUCGAACGGUGGACUGAGUAUGAACGAUUUUUGGUUGGAAAACUUCAGGGAUUAUCUGAUGGAUCUGCAGCAAGAGUUUGAUUUAAAUAGAAGCAAAAAUUGUGUCAGUAGUGAGAAAUGGUUCGGAAAUGCUACCGAGAAGGCGGUUCUUGCGUUUAAAUUGCUCGCACAGACUGGAAUAGUCGAGUUUCCUGUCGAUAAAAGCCAGAUUUUUAAGAAAACGCUAGUUAAAAAUGGAAUAAUUGAUCCGAAAGCGUUUUAUAAUUAUUUGUCGGUAUGGAACUGCAACGACCAAAUGUCUUAUUCUAAUUCUCAAUCCAAUUUAACGCCCAAACCGUUUCAGUAUUACAGUUCGAAAAAUGAAUUUGAUUUGAAGAUACGUAAAUCCUUACCACUUGUAUAUACCCAAAUGCCCUUCUACCUCAAAAACCUACGAAAUACGGGGCAAAUCGUUCAGACUCUGAAACAAAUUAGAGAAAUUUCCGAAUCGUUCAGAGUCCGAGGCCUGAAAAAUUAUCCGAUUGGGCUGAUAUUCUCGUUUUUUAACCAAUUUUUAUAUCUGGAUAGCAUGCUCGCUUUACAGUUAGGUAUAACAAUAUUUGUGAGUUUCUUGAUCGCCUGCGUAAUGAUACGAUGGACUAAAUUGUGGUGCACCUUCCUUAGUUUAUUUAUUAACUUGUUGCUCAUGUGUCUAAUGAAUAUCAAUGCAUUUACUGGAACAUUGGGUGCAUUUCACUUCAUCAUAAUUACGCGAAAUGUGAUGUUAAUUGCAACAGGAUUCCUGAGCGCUAUUGGAACACGGGAAAAUCGUUUAAGGAUGUCAUUGGAGUUAAAUAUGGAGCCAAUAUUGAAGGGAGAUGUCGGUUUGCUAAUUUGCGCAACAGUAUUAGUCACGUCACAUUUUGAAUUUAUUCAAUUUCAUAUGUUUACCAUGCUAUUAAUAUCAGUAUGUGGAUCUACCGCUAAUGCGUUGGUAUUUUAUCCAAUUACCUUGCUGUUGGUGGGUCCGAAAGCGGAAGUACAACCUUUAGAGCAUACUGAUAGGAUAUCAACACCACCACCACCACCUGCGGCACCCAUUCCCCCUUCAAGCUCUUCCCAUACGAGACCGAGCUGUCGAAGUACAGCAGCCAAAACCACAAGAGAGCCUAGCCUAACAACUAUUACAGAAGAGAGCUGCAAUCAAAAUAUUAUCAUUGAACCGCAGGUGACAGUCGAAUACAGCAGUCCGGAGUCCAGCUCUAGUGGACAGUAUGCUGCCAAAAUUACCGCCACGGCAAAUAUCAAAGUUGAAGUGGUUGCACCGAUGUACAGAAAUAAAUGUAACAGUUGUAAGCGAACUAAGUGUUCACAUCGUAAACAGCAGUGUCAACAUUGUUGUAAGGAUUCAGAUAGUAGUGAUAGUAAUGUGGAAACCGAUACGAAUCGAAAUAGCUAGCAUUGUUACCUGUAUUCAUUUUAAUCCCAACCGUUUUAAUAUUUAUAAACUAAUUUGGUGUAUUAGCAGUGAUGAAAACGUUUGUAUUCUGGCACUUAAAUAAUUAGGUAAAUUAUUAAUUAGUAGAACAAAUUCUAACUCCAAUUGUUUUGGUAAUUUUUGCACUGCACGAAUUAAAAUUUCGAUUUUAAAAACGGUGGUGGUCACUUUACCCAAUCCUCAUUAAGUUUAGUAAAAAUGUACAUUAAUGUCUAUAUAUUGUUGCAGAAUUUGUACAAAUUUGCUGUAAUUGUGAAAUAAUUUACAGAUUUUGCAAUACCAGCACUUUGUACAAACUGCAGUUAAAUUAAUUUAUUUAUUACAAAAGACAACCUUGUAAGAUAAUAUACUGAAUGUAUUGG